AUGGUAAUUCCGUUUCUUGUUUAUUUCUUUAGUGUCGGUGUCUUUAAAAGUGGUAGAGUGGAGAUAAUUGCAAAUGACCAGGGUAACCGAAUCACCCCUUCGUAUGUUGCAUUCACCUCCGAGGGCGAGCGUCUUAUUGGUGAUGCGGCCAAGAAUCAGUUGACUGCCAACCCUGAGAACACUGUCUUCGAUGUGAAGCGAAUCAUUGGGCGAACCUACGAGGAAAAGUCCGUCCAACAAGACAUUUCACAUUUUCCCUAUACGGUGGUGAACAGAAACAAUAAACCCUACAUCCAGGUAAAGUCCGGGACGGAGACCAAGACUUUUGCUCCAGAAGAGAUAUCCGCCAUGGUUCUUGGUAAGAUGAAAGACAUUGCUGAAGCCUACCUUGGAAAGAAAGUGACACACGCCGUAGUUACUGUCCCUGCGUACUUCAACGAUGCUCAACGCCAGGCUACCAAGGACGCUGGCGUCAUUUCCGGUCUUAACGUUUUGCGAAUUAUCAAUGAGCCUACUGCCGCAGCCAUAGCAUAUGGUCUAGAUAAAAAGGAUGGGGAGAAGAACAUCCUUGUCUUUGAUCUAGGUGGUGGUACUUUUGACGUAUCUCUCCUUACUAUUGACAAUGGUGUUUUCGAGGUGGUUGCUACUAGUGGUGACACCCAUCUUGGCGGUGAAGAUUUCGACCAACGUGUAAUGGAUUAUUUCAUAAAAUUGUAUAAGAAGAAGAAGGGAAAGGAUGUUCGGAGUGAUCUCAGAGCAGUUCAAAAAUUGCGCCGUGAAGUAGAAAAAGCCAAACGAGCACUUAGUAGCGCUCAUACUGCAAGGAUUGAGAUUGAGUCAUUUUUUGAAGGUGACGAUCUUUCUGAGACUCUUACUAGGGCCAGAUUUGAGGAGCUUAACAUGGAUUUAUUCCGCAGCACUCUUAAUCCGGUUAAGAAGGUCCUUGAUGACUCGGAGCUUAAAAAGGACGAUAUAAACGAAAUCGUCCUUGUUGGUGGUUCGACUCGCAUACCCAAGAUACAACAGCUUGUAAAGGAGCUUUUUGACGGUAAGGAGCCCAGUAGAGGUAUAAAUCCUGACGAGGCUGUCGCCUAUGGUGCUGCUGUCCAGGCUGGUGUUAUUGGCGGGGCAGAGGACACGUCUGACAUGGUUUUGCUUGAUGUCUGCCCAUUAACUCUCGGCAUCGAAACAGUCGGUGGUGUAAUGACAAAGUUGAUACCACGGAAUACUGUCAUACCUACCAAGAAGUCACAGGUCUUCUCUACUGCUGCUGACAAUCAGCCUACAGUUACCAUCCAGGUCUACGAGGGUGAGCGGCCAAUGACGAAAGACAAUCAU